AUGGACAUCGCUGAUGCCCAUGUAGGCGGCACUGCUAUCGUUCUGUGGGGCACAGAAGUGGAUGAACCAGAUGGAUUCAAAUGCACCUGUGAUGAGGGCGAAUUAAUCCUGUCCAUGGCCUUUGUGGUGGAAGGCGUAGGGCAAAGCAAAACCGACCCUGGCCGGCUUAGUAGGCCAUCGACCUGUGAACGGCAAUGUUUCACAGUGACUGGCGCCAUUUUGUUUGGAGAAGUCAAUCGAGUGACGGUUGGACCCCACUUAUUGUUUCUUGUUUCAAGUUCCCGAGUCCGUGGCUGGCCCAUUUUGAAUGCCGCCCUAGCGAUGGCACGGAAUUGUGCCUGGAGAUGGACUGCGGCACCGUUGGCAGUUCGUAGGGAUCCCAGGCGUGCCGCAUUGAAACACGCGCAGGGCCUCCACGGUCUCAGAUCCUUCGCCUCUCACCUAUUACCCUUUCCUGAAUCGUUUGCCUUCUGCGCCGCGUUUAUCGUCAGCGGCCUGGGCUUGGGACUGGUGAUGAUGCAAGGAACCCGCUUUGCAGACGACCACAGAUGCGGAUUAUUGAAAGUUCCCUGGCAAGCUUGCAAGAGGAGCAAGCGAAUGUGCCGUGAAGCGGUUGCUGAUGGUACCUCGCCGAACUGCGCCCGCUGCUGCGCGCGGCGAAGAGGCGAAUGCUGCGCGAGGGGUUCCUCGGUAUACGAGAAGUGCGAACUGAGGAUGGAGCAGCAAAGGAUUGAGUUCGCAUACCUGUUGCAUCCAUCUACCAGAAACCAACGGGUAGCAGAGUCGAUCAAACCAAUCCUUCGCGUGCGGGAGUACUGUUUAGACAGAAAUGCAGGCUGA